GGAGUCUGUCUUGUCCAGAACAAGGAAUGGCGAGAAGAUGCUAAGUCUGUCGUUGUCGUCAACUCUGUGAAUUUGGACUUUGGCUUCUCACAAUCGAACCAUUUCAUAAGAAAGGAUUUAAAAUAUGCAUAAGGAUGAAAGUUUAACAGAUAUACCAGUCGUCGUUAUCAAAGAAGUGUCUGAGCCUCCAGAAGAAGCUAUGGGGAAGUUAGAGGAUAACAAAGACGAGGAAGCGUAUCAGGAUUUUGUAACGACCUUUUUAGACAAAUUAUGCGAAAAUUGCAAGAAGAUGAGAGAGCAGAUCAUCAUUAAAGCAAAGUGUGCAGGAGUUUUACCAGAUGAAAACCUUGAUGUUGAAAACUUUGUCUCAGAGUCCCUUGUAGCACUUAUUCCUGAAGCACAAAGAAAAGUAAUCGACAACAUUCGACGACGAACUAUGAGUGACAUUGAUUGGCAAGAGCUAUCGAUGUUCAACCCAGCAAGUCAACUUCUGUGCUUUGAAGAAAACUGCAGCUGCAUGCCUGAUAAUUCAUGGACAGAAUAUACAAAGCACAAAAUUGCAAAAGCUUUAAAAGAAGGCCAUGAAGAACUUGUUGUGGCAUUCAGAGCCAUGGAAAAUGAUAUGCAGAUUGCUGCAGAACAAGCAGGGAAAUGUAUCAAAUGUGUUUUGAACACAGGGUGGAAUGUUGUUUCUCACUGGGAGUUACCAGACUGGCUGAGAGAUAAUGAAUUUCUUUCCCAUGGUCAUAGACCGCAACUGCCAUCAUUUAAGCAGUGCUUCAGCAGCAUGUUCAGGUUGCAUACUGAAACUGGAAACAUUUGGACACAUCUUAUUGGGCUGGUGCUUUUCCUCCUGGCUAUGUUUGCAAUAUUUGCGCGACCUCUUAUUUCACUCUCAUUCAAAUUUCCAAGUGGCUGGGCAGAGUACCUUGUAUUUGGGGCCUUCUUUCUUGGAGCAAUUUUAUGCUUAAUGUUUUCAUGGUUAUUUCACACCGUGUACUGUCAUUCUGUCAAGGUUCAUUCUGUGUUUAGCAAACUUGAUUACUCUGGGAUUGCUUUUCUUAUUAUGGGCUCUUUCGUGCCAUGUUUAUACUAUGGCUUCUACUGCAGACAGCUCACACAAAUUGGUUACUUGAUUUCUGUGUUUGUAUUGGGAACACUUUGCAUCAUAGUGUCAUUAUGGGAUAAAUUUGGCACUCCAAAAUUCAGGCCUCUUCGAGCAGGUCUGUUCCUUUGCCUUGGUUGCUCUGGUGUUGUUCCAUCCAUUCAUAUGGUUAUAAGUCUUGGAUUCACCAGAGGUGUAGAACAAGGAGCCCUUGGAUGGCUUGUGCUUAUGGGUGCCUUGUACAUAAUUGGUGCUCUUAUGUACGCAUUUAGAGUCCCAGAGAGGUUUUUUCCUGGAAAAUGUAACUUCUGGUUUCAGAGUCAUCAAAUCUUCCACAUACUUGUUGUUGCUGCUGCUUUCAUACAUCUACAUGGAAUUUGUCAAAUGGCUUAUUACAGAUUGAAGAUAGGAAGAGUCUGUCCCAAGUAAAGUGCAAUGUCACAGCCACAGUUCCUAACAUAAAUUUAUGUUGUAGUGUGUAUCGAUAUCAUGUAUGCAUGUACUGAUUUAUCACAUUUUUGAAAAAUCUCAAACAUUAAAUCACUAUUUGCGAGAUGAUUUUUAUGUUACAGACAUUGAGAAUAUG